AUGUGCUGUGAGCUGUUCACCCACUUCCCACAAUCCCGCUCUGCCUCCAUCCACCUGGCUAGCUGGCCACACUACAGAAGCAAGAACAGGGACCUCGUGUUCCAGGGCUCAGGGGUUCUGGCUCCAGAACAGCCCCACGUGCACUGGUGGGAUAUCUGCGACAACCCUCACCUGUUUGUGGGUGGGAUCAGCUCCCACGAUCUCCACCAAGGGAAGCUUGGGAAUUGCUGGUUCGUUGCGGCCUGUUCCUGUCUGGCCCUCCAAGAAUGUCUCUGGAAAAAGGUGAUCCCCGAGGCAAAGAAGCAGGAUUGGGACUCCCGGAAACCAGAGAAAUAUGCCGGAAUAUUCCACUUCCGCUUCUGGAAUUUUGGCGACUGGACCGACGUGGUGAUUGAUGACCGCUUGCCCACCAUCAACGGGGAGCUGAUUUUCUGCCACUCCAACGUGCCCAACGAAUUCUGGAGCGCCCUGCUGGAGAAGGCCUAUGCCAAGCUGGCCGGCUGUUACGAGGCGCUGGAUGGUGGGAACACCGCGGACGCCAUCACGGACUUCACCGGAGCCGUGUCCGAGUCCAUUGACCUGCGGAAGGGCAAUUACGGCAAGGUCCUCCUGGAGCAGACCAAGCUCUUCGAGGACCUGCUCAAGGCCCACAACAGGGGCGGGCUCAUCAGCUGCUCCAUCCUGCCUGACAUCGCCAACGAGCGCCUGGGAACCACAGAGCAGGGGCUGGUGAAGGGCCACGCCUACUCGGUGACCGCCAUCCGCAAGCUGCGCCUCGGGGAGCAGCUGCUGGCCUUCUUCAAGGCCGAAAAGCUGUUCAUGAUCCGCAUGAGGAACCCGUGGGGAAGGCGGGAGUGGAACGGGCCCUGGAGUGACAGCUCUGAGGAGUGGCAAAGAGUGAGCGAAGCGGAGAGGAAGAACUUGGGGCUCAGUGUGACCGAUGACGGAGAGUUCUGGAUGGCCUUCGGGGACUGGUGCAACAGCUUCACCGACGUGGACAUCUGCCGCAAUCUGAACACCUCCAUCUUCAGCAUACACAAGACCUGGGAAAAGGCCAUGGUGCGAGGGGCGUGGCUCCACGACGAGGACCCCCUGGCCAAUCGGGCUGGUGGCUGCCUCAACAACCGCGCCACCUUCUUGCAGAACCCCCAGUACGUCUUCAACAUCAAUAAGGAAGAGGACAAAGUCCUGAUCUCGCUGCAGCAGCGCGACCAGCGCCCUUACCGCAAGGACGGCCGGGGGGACAACUACAUCAUCGGCUUUGAGAUCUUCCGGGUGGAGCUGAAUCGGGAGUACCGGCUCCAUCAGCUGCAGGUGCAGGAGAGGGUGGUGGGCUCCACCUACGUGGACUCGCGCACUGUGUUUCUGAGGACCGUCCUGAAGAAGGGCCGCUACAUCAUCAUCCCCACCCUGUUCCAGCCGGGGGACGUCAGCGAGUUCAUCCUGAGGCUGUUCACCGACGUCCCCUCUGAGCUCAGGGAGCUCAAGCUGGACAAGCCCGAGCCCGGGUGCGCCAGCUUCCUGUGUGGCUAUCCGCAGCGCGUCACCCAGCUGAGCAUCCACAGCGUGGAGGGCUUGAACAGACACGGUGGCCCGAGAAAUGCCAACCUCUACCUCAUCAUCAAGUGUGGGAAGGAAAGAGUCCUGUCGUCUGUGCAGAAGGAGUGCAUGGACGCCGUUUUCGAUACCAAGGUUAUAUUCUACCGCAAGAAUAUCAAGGAUCCCAUCGUGGUCCAGGUCUGGAACAAGAAGCUCCUGUGUGACCGAUUCGUGGGCCAAGUGACCGUGGUAGGUGAGCCAAGUGACUCCCGGGAGCUGCGGACCCUCCAGCUUAGGGACAAGGGCGCUCCAGAUGCCCCGCCUGUGACCGGGCAACUCAGCCUCAAAGUGGUGUCCACCGAUGACCUCACGGAGCUCUGAAAGCCCGGCCCCGCCUCCCCCCGGCGCCUUCCCUGGCCGAGUCCCGUCUUCUCUGUCGAGGGCCAGGGGAGGAAAGAUGGGGAGAAGGGGGAGAAAAAGUGGGGGGGAGGGGGAGAAGGGAGGAGGGAGGGGAAAAGAAGGGAGGGAGAGGGGGGAAGAGGAGGGAGGGGGGAAGGGAGGGGAGGGGAGACCACUCCAGGCUCCAUUCUUUCUGAGCUGAGUUAGAGGGGACGAGCAGGUGGAAGGGGCCCGAGCCAAGCUCGCUGAGCAACCCCGGGGCAUUUGAGAAGCUCCAGAUCCCAAACAGCCCCGCGUGUUCCCGCCAGGCCCGCCGCCCAGUCCUGGCGAUUAGGGCGGCGAGCCAGGGGGGGCCGGGCCACGGGGCCCACCGAGCUCCGCCGCCCCCGCUAACCCAGCUCCCGUUCUGCUGCUGCUGACGUAACUUGCUUUGAAACCGCCUCGCGAGGUAGAGAACCAGGACGUACUAUUAUGGUCCUUCACCCAAAGAGGCUCGAUGAGCCUGAGAUAUGGGGGUUCCUCCGAGGCUUUGGGGGGGCCCACAGGAAGGAGGGUGACGGGAAAUAAUAGUAGUAACUGACAUUUAUGUAGGGCUUACAUCGCACCGGGCCAGAGCUUCUCAGCACCCCCACGCCAGGGUAGUGGGCACAGCCUCCUGUGGGCCGCGGGACAUCACCUGGUGGAACAUGGCCCGAUUCCUUCCCCGCUCGGGACCUCAGUUUCCCAUCUCUGUGCAAUGGAGCUUUAGACCCCAUUACUGCGCUCCAGCAUCCCUUGAGGGAGGCACAAGCAGCAAUGCCAGAAGUCCCCAGCACAGCGGAUGAGGCAGACUCAGCCAAAGAGCCAACUGGGCCCCGAGCACUUGGGCCACCCCUGUGUUUGCAAACUUGCUUUAAUCUCUUUAUCGUUCAGCCUGGGUUGGAGGGGGAGGGGUGCCGAGGCAGCCGGGGUGCCAGGUCCUGCCCAGAUCACAUCACGUGCCCGGGGCUCUGAGGUCGGGGGGGGGAUCCCCUUGGCCUUGCGGCCCAACUGCCUCCUGCUCUCUGACCCCAAGCAAAGCCUGCCUGCACUGGCCUGCCCUGCUUUCAAUAAAAACCUAGCCGGUCUUUCA